UUUUGGAAAAUACGAUCUUGCUCUUGAACUAUUGGAUAAAUUUAAAUCAGAAGUAUCUAGUUAUGACAAAGCUUGGUAUUUUAAUAUCCUCGGUCUUUUAUACUAUGACACCGGGAACUAUAGCAAAGCUAAAAAUCAUCAUGAAAAAGCUCUGGAAAUUCGAAAACAAUCGUUAGGCCCAAAUCAUGUUGAUGUUGCUGCGUCUUUAAACAAUCUUGGUUUGGUGUUUUAUAAAACUGAAAACAACGACAAAGCUAUAGAGUUUUACGAAAAAGCUCUGGAAAUUAGAAAACAAUCGUUAGGUCCAAAUCAUGUUGAUGUUGCUGCGUCUUUAAGCAAUCUUGGUAUGGUGUAUGAUAAAACAGGAAAUUAUGACAAAGCUAUAGAGUCUUACGAAAAUGCUCUGGAAAUUCAAAAACAAUCGUUAGGUCCAAAUCAUAUUGAUGUCGCUACAUCUUUAAACAAUCUCGGUUUGUUUUAUGAUAAAACAGGAAAACACGACAAAGCUAUAGAGUUUUUUCAAGAAUCUCUAGAAGUUCGAAAACUGAUUGCGCCAGAAAUCACAAGUGGUGAUGAUGCUAAAGAUGUCGGAAAUUCUCCUGGUGUUGAAAAUACAGAACAAGAAAUCACAAGUGGUGAUGAUGCUAAAGAUGUCGGAAAUUCUCCUGGUGUUGAAAAUACAGAACAAGAAGAGUGGAAAUACAUUGAUGAAUCAACGAAACAUAGAGAAUUGCUUUUAAAAUUGAUUGAAUAUGGACACAAUCCCAGUGCUGAGGUUAAAGAGGUGGGCAAUGUGCGUGUAAUAUUCUCAGAAGAAUUUUGCAUUGGCGAAGGAAGUGAUGCAACCCUUGUUUUUCUUGGACUGGGUAAGGAUGGUUACGGUAAAGCAGUGAAACGAAUACAUCGACAUAAAUUUAUCCAGCUUGCACAUCACGAAAAGGAAAUUUUAAAUGAAUUCAAUGCAAAGAAGUCGAAAUAUGUUUUGAAUUAUUUCUACUUAGAAGAAGAUAUUGGAACGGAUUAUGUUUAUUUGAUCUUAGACUUAGCUGAAGAAUCACUGGUGAAGUUUGUGAAAGAUUCUACUUUGCAUGAUCUUCAAAAAGCUCUUCCUGAUAUUCUUAGACAAAUUUUAAAAGGAUUAGCUGAUCUUCAUAGCGGCCCAAAUCCUAUUCUACAUCGGGAUUUGAAGCCUUCCAAUGUUCUGCGAGACUUAAAAAGCAAAUUUCUGAUAGCUGACUUUGGCAUAAGUCGAAUAAUGAAGAAUGACACUACAACAUAUAAAAGCAAUACUUCCAUGGGAACUGUGCAUUGGAUAGCUCCUGAAUCAUAUCGCGAAGGUGACGAUUCACUAAAUAAAGCGCGUUACAAUAGAAGGUCUGAUGUAUAUAAUGCAGGGAUGGUAGCUUAUUAUGUAGCAACGAAAGGAAAACAUCCUUUUGGAAUUGAACGGCAUAGACUGGACAACAUGCUGAAUGGAAACCCUGUUGGUUUGAAAGAAAUCAAGGAUGAAACACUAAAGGACCUUCUGUCGUGGAUGUUAAAUCUAAAACCUGAAGGCAGACCAUAUUCUAACGAAGCUUUAAAACACCCAUUUCUUAUGUCAGAUGAUGAGAAGUUUGAAAUGCUAAGUAAAGUUGGAAAUCUUCAGCAGAUUAAGACAAAUGAUCCCCAGUCAAGUGUUGUUCAACAAUUGAAUAGCGAAUCCGUACUUUGGAAAAGUCAAAUAAAUUGUGAUGUUUAUGAUUAUUUGGUGAAUAGAAGGAAGUAUGAAUCUUCAUGGACAGAAUGCUUAAGACUUAUACGAAAUAUUGACCAGCAUUGGAACGAACGAACAUGGUCAAGACCACAACCAGAACCAUUUUAUAAGAUUGGCGAUUACAGGGCGUAUUUUCUCCGAACAUUUCCUAAUCUCCCUGUUCGGGUGCAUGCUGCUGUCAGGUCAAAUAAAGAAUUGAAAAACGAACUAGAACUCUAGAAUAUUUUUAAUUUUAAUGAAAGCGAACUACAUCAAUAAACAAUAUUUUGGUUAUUUUAUGCACUGUAACCCUGACAAUUAUUUCGUGCCUAAAUCCAUACAACUAAAAUGCAAGUGCUAUGUAUUUAAAAUUUCUUAAAUGAAUAUUGAAUAUACACCUAAAUACACUUAAGGUUAACUACGGCGCCCUCUAUUGCCUAUAUUCUAAAAACUCUCUCACAUUCACAUUUACUGAGUAAAGUUUCAAAAUAAUCUUAUAACUGCUGGAAGACCUUGUAUUUACUUCACAGAUAGAAAUUUGUGCAAAGUUA